AAAGAGAAAAUGACCAGAAUUUUUCCUUUCCUGUGGUCCGUCGGCCUGAUACUAUGCUGCUGCUGGUCCCAAGCCAACAGUAUGGCGCCAAUCAAGUUGACCGGUGACGUCCCCCGAGCCUCCAGAACUCCAGUGGAACUGAAAUGUGAGCCCAACAGCAGAGAACUAAUGAGUUUAGAGGUGUACUGGGUCCGUCAAAACUUGGACCUCACCACUCAUUUCAUCCUACGUACUUCUCCAAGGUCUAAAAGCACGCCAGAAACGGUCAGAGGCUACACAGCAUCAGCAAGUUCUGGCGUUUACCUGCUGAAAAUUACCAGCUUCGGGGAGGAGUAUGAGGGCAUCUAUUAUUGCCUUUUUUUCCGCAACCAAGUGGUCCACCUCAGUUCAGGCCUCAAAGUCUACCUGCCAAAGGCUACCACCAUCGCACCCCAGGUUUCAACUCCCAGUGAAGGACUUAAAACAACCACGGGAUGUCCACAUUCCACAGCCUCAGAUCCAGAUGACGAUGUGAUGUUCCCCUGUGAGCUGUACAUUUGGGCCCCCUUAGCAGGUGGUUGCUUCCUUCUGCUGGUAAUGUUGGUGAUCACCAUGUCGGUGUGCUGUGAUCCAAGGAGGCGGCGACGGCGUUGCAGAUGUAAAAGGCCUCUGAACGGAACCAAUGGGACAGUCACUAUGUCACGCUUGAUCAAAUAACAGCAGUAGGACAUUUCAGCUGGAUUUUCCCAUUGCACUCUCACUGCAUCAUACCUUCCAACCUUGCCAAAAAGACUCUUGCAUGCUCACAAUGGCUCUGUGCUCCCAUGCCAAGGAGGAAUGCCUUUGCCUUACAGCUUUGCAGGAAACUCUUAUCCACCUGCUGUAUGUAUGUUGGGUUAAUUUACUUUGCCUUGACCUGCUUGCACUAGGAAAACUGCAACAGUUUAAGGUGGAAAUCUUAAGUAGAUCUUCACCUCACAAACUUUGGCUGUCCUCGUGAUAGAAAAGCUGCAAAGAUGUUCAGCCAAAUUUACUGCCUGAAUAGGCAGCGUUUAAGGGAAAAAAAUGGAGCAACGGACUGCUGCUUAGGAUCUGUGCAGGUGCAUUUAUAUACAUUUUCAUACUAGACUUGUUGCAGCUGUCCCCUUCUCAGAUCUUUGACGCCUAGCGACUUGGGAGGGAGGGAGGGUUGAAACCCAAAGAACUCUGACGCAUGCCUGUGUAUACUAAGAAAAUGUUGAAAUCCCCCCUCUCCCCAAACAUCUUUCCCAAAGACUACCGUAAGUCCGGACACUUGUGUGUUAGCUGUAAACCACCAGAAUGCCUAUAUUACAAAUCCAAUUGAAAACACACGUAAAUGUAAUAGGCCAUAUAGUAACAAACACAAAUUUAUUUACUAGAACUACUUCUCAAAAAUUAGAUACUUCUCAAGUGGUAUGUAAUUUUUGAGUAGUUCUA